CUCUCCUUACAAAAACCUUCCCAUUAGCUUUUGCCAAAUUCAAUCUCUGUUUUCUCCGAUCUCAAGUUCAGAGAGAGAGAGAGAGAGAGAGAGAGAGAGAGAUGGGGAGUUUGGGAGUGAUUUUGAAGCAUCCGGAUGAACUCUACCAUCUGCUGAAGCUGAAGAUGGAGGCGAGGAAUGCCGAGAAGCAGAUCCCUCAGCAACCUCAUUGGCGAUUCGGCUACUCCAUGCUCCGCAAGUUCUCCAAGACAUUCGCUUUCGUCAUCGAACAACUCCCCACUGAGCUUCGCGAUGCGGUGUGCAUCCUCUAUUUGGUCCUGCGAGCCCUUGAUACAGUUGAGGAUGACACAAGCAUACCUAUUGAAGUCAAAGUGCCUAUCCUGAAAGCUUUUCUUGAGCACGUGUUUGAUAAGGAGUGGCAUCUUUCAUGUGGUACAAAGAAGUGCAAGGUUUUAAUGGACCAAUUUCAUCAUGUUUCAACGGCUUUCCUGGAGCUUGGGAAAAGGUAUCAAGAGGUAAUUGAGGAUAUUACUAAAAGAAUGGGAGUAGGAAUGGCAAAAUUUAUUUGCAAAGAGGUGGAAACAGUUGACGAUUACGAUGAAUAUUGCCACUAUGUGUCAGGACUUAUAGGUUUAGGUCUGUCAAAGCUUUUCCAUGCUUCUGGAGCUGAAGAUUUGGCACCAGAUUCUCUAUCCAAUUCAAUGGCUUUGAUUCUACAGAAACAAGACAUUAUUCGAGAUUAUUUGGAAGAUAUCAAUGAAAUUCCAAUGUCACGCAUGUUUUGGCCUCGUCAGAUUUGGGGUAAAUAUGUAAACAAACUUGAGGACUUGAAGUAUGAGGAAAACUCAGUGAAGGCAGUACAAUGUUUGAAUGAGAUGGUCACAAAUGCUUUGACACAUGUUGAAGACAGUUUGACAUAUAUGUCCGCUUUAAGGGAUCCUGCUAUAUUCCGGUUUUGGGCUAUUUUUCAGAUAAUGGCAAUUGGAAAUUUAUCUUUAUCCUACAACAAUAUUGAAGUUUUCAGAGGCGAAGUAAAGAUCAGGCCAGGUCUUGCUGCUAAAGUUAGGGAUCGCACAAGGACAAUGGCUGAUGUUUAUGGUGCUUUCUAUGAUUUUUCUUGUAUGAUAAAGUCCAAGGUUGACAAGGAUGAUUCUAAUGCUACAAAAACAUUGAGCAUAAUCGAGGGUAUACAGAAGGCUUGCAGAGAUUCUGGCCUCCUAAACAAAAGGAAAUCUUACAUCCUUGCAACUGAACCCACAUAUAGUUCUGUUCUGGUUGCCUUUCUGCUCAUGAUAUUGGUAAUAGUUGUCGCUCAUCUCUCCGCAAGCCAAUUGAGUAACUAAUAUGGCUUUGUGGGAAAACCAGCAAAUGAUGGAGAUAGUGUCCCUACAGAUGCAUCUAUUGUAGAAUUAUGCUUUUAUAUAUGUUUGUAUCUUGCUUUCCGAUGUGUGCUGUUUAUAUAUGUUUGAAGCAUCCAAACAUAAUUGACGAACUCCUAUUUUCAAUUUUAAACUGUUUUUCUUCUAGAACAUGUGAUCCUGAGCCAUCCAAAUAUUAAUUUAAAUCUACUCUUUCGGCUUCCUGUA